AUGUCGAUAUGUUCUCCUAUGGGUAGGAGAUUAAUUAUGGUCUUGAUCUCUAAUACAUGGCAUUUGAGUGAAGCCGAUCAAGACAAAUUAGACGAGUAUUGGAAAAGAUUUGAACAGCACGUAAAACCUCAGUCCAACCAUCUUCUCAACCGUUUCUAUCUCAGAAACUUGAAGCAGAACAACCGACCGCUCGACGAGUUUUUAACCGAAGCAAACCUCCUUAUUCAGAACAGUGGUUAUCCGGAUGAAAUACAUGACGAAUUGAUGCGAGAUGCUUUGGUAUUUGGAGUUGAUUCAGAUACAGUCCGUAAGAAAUGUAUUGCUGAGGGGAAUGAACUAACUCUUAUAAAAGCAAGAGAAACCUCCCGCACCGAGGAAGCUACCAGACAACAGCUAAGGGUGAUGACCAGAGAUGUUUCAAACCCUACACAGGUAGACUCAUUGCAGAAAAAUAGGAGAGGAAACAUGAAUCGAGGUAAGACCAAACCAUGGUAUGAUAGACAAAAGGGGCAAAAGGGAUAUAGAAUGAAAUGGGAUAAGCCAGUAUGCACUAGAUGUGGGAAUACAGCACACAAUAAAGAUCAGAAAUGUCCUGCUACUAGAAAAUACAUGCAUGCAGAAACCCUCGCCUUGCUGACAAAACCAUCUUAUUUUCCGAACGUGAAGUAUUUUAAGUAGUUGUCAUGGUAACACGAUAAUUUUUUAAGAAUGUUUUUACAAAUGAAAAAUCCCCUAUAAAUAUGGCAAUUGAUAAAACUAGAAUAGUGAAGCGAAUAGUGCGAAUAGUGCGAAUAGUCGACGAAUAGUGCGAAUAGUCCGCGAAUAGUCGACGAAUAGUGCGAAUAGUCGACGAAUAGUGCGAAUAGUCCGCGAAUAGUCGACGAAUAAUGCGAAUAGUCCGCGAAUAGUCGACGAAUAGUACGAAUAGUGCAAUAGAGACUUUGCAAGGCUUUCCACCGUGCUGUAGAACUAAAUUUACCGGGGCGAGGGGGGGCUCCGGGUUUUUUUUUCCGACAAACCAAAAAGUUUUCCGGACGACAACAUUUUAAAUUUUCACCCCCCCCCCCCCCCCCCCCCCCCGUCGACAACUUUGACAAUUUCCGACAACCUUGACAAUUUUCCGACAAUUUCCGGCAGCAUUGGCAAUUUUCCGACGGGUGUCAACAAUAGGGGAGGGCCAUGCCUGCCCCCGGCCACGGCGCCACUGAUGACAAUCACUAGAAUGGCGUUUUCCACUGGGCGAAUUUGUUCGCGCGAAGCGAUAAGUAAAAGAGUAGGAACUGAUCCAACUUUUUCGCGGCGAAUUUUUUCGCUGACCAAUCACAUUGCCGAAAUUUGGUUUCGCCCAAAAUUCGCCCGAACUGAUCCAACAAAUUCGCCCAAAAACGGGCCUAAAUAGGUAAUAAAUCGAUAUCUUUUCUUGUUUCGUGAUGUAAAUCACGUUUUCCAAGCACACGAAAUCACUUACAGGUAAACUACGUGAAGCGUUCCUCUUUUGAGUUCCUAAGUCAUUUGGAAUUUUCAAAAUUAGAUUUGCAAAUUUGAAAAACUCUUCGCAAAUCCCUUGAGGGAAUUUGCAAUAUUCCAACGCAAAAAAAGUUCCUUUCCAAUUUUCCUAACUUCCUGUUUUAAAUUCCUAACUUCCUGUUCUGUUCUUAGCGUUUUCAUUGGUGGAUUAUUUUUGUUGGCCAAUUGCAACGCACAGAACAGAACAGGAAGUUAGGAACUUGUAACAGGAAGUUAAGAACUUCUAACAGGAACUGAGGAAUUUUUUUUUGCCUUUGCAACAUUGCAAAUUCCCUCAAGGGAUUUGCAAGGGAGUUUUUCAAAUUUGCUAAGGUAAUGAGGAAAAUUGCAAUCAACUUAGGAACUCAAAAGAGGAACGCUUCACGUAGUUUACCUGUAAGCCCUUAAAUCUUCAGUUACAACGCCAUAACUUACAAGUAAUAUUCCUAUAAAAUUCCAUCAGUAAAAUUCAUGACUCAUAUGGAUACCACUUUAUGCCAUCAGGAAUGAUUAUAAAUUUAAAAAAAUAUGAAAUAUGUUUCCUGACGAUGACUGAAUUUUAGUCGAAAGCUACAAUAUUAAAAUGUUUAUUUUCGAAGUUACCGUUGUUUUAUAUUUUAUUAAAAUACUCAGUGGUUCCUGUAAUUUUUACCGAUUACGUAUGACGUCAUUGACGUACGUCGACGAAUGUUUUCACGAUGUCAUGUUUGUCAACAGAGCCACCCCUCCCCCCCCCCCGGUAAAUUUAGUUCUACAGCACUGCUGCAAAGCCUUGCAAAGUCUCUAUUGCACUAUUCGUCGACUAUUCGUACUAUUCGUCGCAUAUUCGCGGACUAUUCACACUAUUCGUCGACUAUUCGCGGACUAUUCGUACUAUUCGUCGACUAUUCGCACUAUUCGUCGACUAUUCGCGGACUAUUCGCACUAUUCGUCGACUAUUCGCGGACUAUUCGUACUAUUCGUCGACUAUUCGCACUAUUCGCACUAUUCGCUUCACUAUUCUAGUUUUAUCAAUUGCCCCUCCAGCGUCGAGGUAAAAACGAUUAUAAUAUAGGCUAGAACACACUGUGCAUGUCGAUGUCUCGAUGCAUCUUACUAAUUCUGUCUAAUUGUAAAAUUUAAUUUACUUUAUGUAGCUUCUAUGUCGUACGGAUUGUUUCUACUCUUCUUGGUUCUGCAUCGAACUUAA